GUGUUGAUUUUCGGGUUAUAACGACUGUCUCGGUCUACCGCCUCAGCUGUUCUUUCCCGCAUUUCUGAGAGAGUACUUCAGAUUGUAGGUCGUUUUUCUUGAAUUAAAAUAUUCGGUAAGUACUCAGUUUUCGAGUGUUUGCUCAGGGAGUUGGAUCGGUUGGAAUUAAUCAGGCAACAUGGACACAAUUCGCAAUGAAAAUAAGGAAAACAGUUUGCCUGAACUGCAUAAGCAUACUGCCAUGGCCGUUCAUCAGAAAAGAACUGCUUUCGGUCAAAGGAAUAACGUGAUAAACAACGUCAAUGUGAAGGGAAAACAACCGUUGGGUUUAACUGGUUCAAAUAACGCCAUCUUGAAAAACAUUGGAAAUCAUUCUAAAGUUUUGGAAAACAACAGUAAAAAUCGCGAUAACCAGGUCCUGAAAAUUGAAAAUGAUUUCAAGGAGAACCGCAAAAACCUCGUUAACCCCAUCAUACCAUGUGCCCAGUUUGAAGCUUUCAAAGUCUAUGAGGAUCAAGGUUAUGAAGAUCAUUUGGCUGUUAUUGAACAGAAACAUAAAAGCAGGCACUCUGGCUUAGCUCAGGCAUACAAAGGUGCUGCAGAUGACAAAAUUUUUUCAAAAAUUGAAUUGGUUGAGUUGGAGAGGAAACAGCGUCUUGAAGAUGAGGCUAAGGAAUCGCUUGAUGUGUCUAUGUCCAGCGCAGUCAAAAUGGAGCAGUCCUUCGACAGGAGUAUGGAGGUAGCAGGAGAUGUUCUUCUUCGAGGAAACAAGAGUUCCAAGGAUAUUUUCUUCGAGAUGGAGGAGUAUCGAACUGAUAUUUACAGAUAUCUACGAGAACAUGAGCUACGACAUAGACCAAAACCUGGCUACAUGAAGAAACAACCAGAUGUCACCUCAAGCAUGAGGACCAUUUUGGUGGAUUGGUUAGUCGAAGUUGCCGAAGAAUACAAAUUCCACACAGAAACAUUAUUUCUUGCUGUUAAUUAUAUUGAUCGUUUCCUGAGCUACAUGUCUGUGGUGAGGGCAAAGUUGCAAUUGGUGGGAACUGCUGCAAUGUUUCUAGCUGCCAAAUAUGAGGAAAUCUACCCACCAGAUGUUAGUGAAUUUGUGUACAUAACAGAUGAUACUUACAACAAAAGACAGGUGAUCCGUAUGGAACAUUUGAUCCUGAAAGUAUUGGGAUUUGAUCUUUCUGUUCCGACGCCUCUUAGCUUCAUCACUGCAACUUGUGUCACCAACAGAUUGAGUGAAAAAACUAUGUAUCUCUCCAUGUAUCUGAGUGAACUAGCUCUCCUCAACGGAGACAUCUGCCUGGACUUUUUACCUUCAGUGAUAGCAGCUUCCGCCAUUGCUAUUGCCAGACACACCUUGAAGGAGAAAGAAUUAUGGAGCGACAAACUGUGCGAGUCCACAGGUUACAAUCUUGGCGAGCUUCAGCCCUGUAUCGAAUUUUUGACAAGCAUGUUUGCCGGUGCUUCCACUAAUCCACAACACGCCAUUCAAGACAAAUACAAGUCGCAAAAGUUCAUGCAUGUAUCUACAUUGAAACCAAACGAAUCUCCAAUUUUUGGACAAUAAUUUCGUAUGUUUUAGAAACACUUUACCUGAAGACUGUUCCCAGUAACUUGGUACCUUUUUAAUGUGCCUUGAUUUUUACUAUUUUUAGAAUCUCUUUUGAACAUAUUCGUUAGGUGCACAUAUUUCAAGAACUCUUUUCAGUCUAGGAUCCCUGAAUUGCCAGACUUAAUUCAGCUUUUUAUAAAGCCAAUAUUUUGUUUCAAGGUAUUCCAAUAAUCUUAUGUUUUAGUUUGAUCGAAAGUUCUGUUCAAAAUCCGUGUUUAUUAUCGAGUAACUUGUCAAUAAGAUAAUGUUCAAAUGAUUUUUCCUAACUCGAGUUUCAUGGGGUAUAUAUCGAGCUCAAAUGAUAAAAUAAUUAUAUGACGAAUGAAGUGUCUUGAAUACAUCAGAAUUUUUUAUCUAUUUUAAGAGUAUUCAGAAGAAACAUUUUAUGAAGAGGCAAUUAUUUUUUGCCUUGAGUUUAUUUUAGUGGUUUUUUAAGACACACUCUCCAUUGUUUUUGUUUGACUAUCUUAUAUGAUUCUUUAUAACAUUUUCUCUUCAAGUUUUUUAUUGAUGAUCUUUCAUUUAAAUUAUUCAGUAAGAAUAGGGCUUUAUUGUUUGACUUUUUAAAACAUCACUUUCCAUAGUUUUAGUUGAUUAUCUGAUACAAUGAUUAUUUUUAAUAACAUUUUCUCUUCAACUUUUUUAUUGAUAAUCUUUCCUGUGAACUAUUCAGUAAGAUUUGUGCUUUAUUGUUUGACUUUUUCAUUUAACAAAUGCCUAUUGACAUUUUUAUUCAUCAAUUUUUUUCACGUUCUGUAUUUCUUGAGGUAUUCCUAAUUUCAUUGAAGCACGCUUAUUUUGUCGAUUGAAAACACCCACAGUUUUUUGCUAUUUGAAGGAGUACAAAUUUGGAUAUUUCCACAAUGGCUGGUCACAUUUUCCAGGACUCUAAGAUGAAAUCUGAACUUCAAAAAUGACUUACCAAGAAUUCCCUAACAUCGUUAAUUCUUGAUAGUUUACUUCACUUUAGAAAUAUAAAAUAUGUUGUUCAGAAUAUUAUUCUGACUAUAUAAUAUUGUGUUUGAGGACACAAUUUGCAUUUUUUAAUUUUUUCUACACUAUGGUAUAUAUAUAUACAAAUUCAUUACAAAUACAUUAUUUAAUUUUAUUCAAUUUUAGUACUUGAGUCUUGAAAAGUGUAGAUCUCGGCAAAAAUACAAAUCUAUAAUGUGACACACUGUAUAUCACAACUAUUGUCAACGGGAACUUGUCAGGCUAUUGACAAGUUACUCGAUAAUAAACAAGGAUUUUGAACAGGAUUUUUAACCAAAGUAAAACAAAAGAUUAUUGGAAUACCUUGAACGUCCAACUGGAGUGCCGUUGGAAAAUUGCAGUUGUCCGUGGGUUCUGGCAUUUGAGUCCAUGACUUCUGACAGUUGAGAACAUACAUUUACUUUAAUAUUUUUGCCAUUUUAUUUUAUCUUGGAGGAAACAUUUGCCAUUUUAUCGGAAUAGACCAAACCGCAUAUUUCUUGGACAAACGAGAAUAAUGCAAUUUUUUUGUACAGUUUAUAAUUUAUUUUUUAGGUUAGUGUUAAGUAUUUUAGCAUCGAGGUACUACAGUAGACUCCUUAUUUUGCCAUACACCAGACCAAUACUUUUCCUUACUUUUUUACUUUUGAUACCAAAAUGUAAUUUCUACUUUAAAUAUUAUUCAGCA